AUGAAGCUGACUCACACCCUCCUUCUCAUCGUCGGCACUGCUACUAUCGCCCAGGCCGACCUUCUACCCGCCCCCGGCGCGACCGACGAAGAAUGUGGCCGUCUCGGAGUCAUGCAUUACGAUCCCUAUGACCUUCCCGAAGGUGUCAAACCCGAAGACGUACGCAAGUGCGAAGCGCAUCCUAUGAGCGCACAGAACUACUGGGGCUGGGGCAAGUAUGUGCCAAGGUGGUUCCCCUCAUUGGACGCCCGUUACUGGUUCCCAUCUAUCGACUCCCUCUACAAAUCCAGAGAGACUUCUGAAACAUAG